UGCUCAAAACCCUGUCCAUCCUGGCCUUGAACACUUCCAUGAUGGAUGACAGCCAGGGCCCCUGUCCCCACAGCAUCCCUGCGGGUCUCUGCAGCCAGCCAGGACAUACCCCCACAGCAUGGGGAAUGCAGAUGGGUUGCUGAAGCAGGGAACAGGGAUCUUGGCAAUGUUCCUGAGCAUGCAGAAAGGGGCUGGACGCCUCGUUCCCUUCUUGAAAACUUCAGAGCUUUGUUCCCGUGGGCGGGAAGCGGUUUCAGAGCCUGCUGCAGGCGCUGAGCGAGCACCAUUCAUCCACCGGCAAAGGCAGCUUGUGUGGGGUGAACGGGGCUCUGCAGCAGCUUGUGUGGUCAUUUAGCAGGAAUUUGGCUUGGAUGAAGCUCAGCCAGCCCUUCUCCAGGCUGUGGGUCUGCUUGGAGGGCUGCAGUGUCCGUAUCACCACGGCCUUGGGGGCUGUGUUGCAGCCUGUGGCGGUGAGUGGAGGUGGCUGGAGCUGAGGGGGGAUGUCCCAGGCUCUGUGGCUGGGAUGCUCAGUGGCAGAGUUAUGGCAGAGGCUCUUUGCUCUGGAGGUGGUUGGUGAUGGAGCUGCAGGUCACACCAUCCCUCACUUGCUCUGCCCUUGCUGACUGCAGCAGUGUUUCCAGUGUGUUAAGGCAGGGGAGCAGUGCCAGGGCUUGCCAGGAUGGCAUGGAUAGGGCUUACUGUGCCAAGGAGCAACUUCUUGGGGUCCUCAGUGAGAGGAGAAGCGGCCCUUAGCCUGCACAUUGAGUGGUGGGCUCAAAGGUGUUGUCUCUAGUUGGGAACCAGAUCUUUGACAUUAAAUUGUCUCCUCUAAUUCAGAGCUCAGCCGUGGUGAAGGAAAGCAAACCACCCAAGAGGUGUUAGGAAAGGAGAAAGGGAGAACAUCAGGAGGCUGUGAUCUCAGCUCCUGGGGUGUCAACAUCUCAGGGACACUGGGACCUGUCUCAGAAAGGAUAGAGCAGCACUGGGACAGGUUCAGAGGAGAAUGACAAGGGCAUAGAGAAACAUGGAAACCUACUGAUGAAGCACUGCUUGUUCCUGGGCUCCUCUCCAAGUCUAUGUCACUGGAGACAGGACCCUGGGCUAGGCAGACCUUAUGGUCUGUGCAUGGGGUUUCCAAAAGAAGGAAGCAGCCAAGUGACCUGGGGUUGAUGCAUGACCACAACACAGCUUUUCCUCUGGAGGGAUGACUUGGCACAAGGAAUGGGCACCUUUAAUCCCGCUAAAGGGCUUUAGAGACUGGGUUUUGGGUUGGCAGCAGGGCUGGGCUUGCAGCCAAGUGGUGGCUCAGAGCCUGCCCCGACGUCCCUUGUACCUGCUGAGUGUGCAAGGACAGGGGUAGCUCUGGAAGUGCCUGGAGGAACCCACUCCCCAGGAGAAGAUUUCUUCUUCUGAUGGCCAAGUCAUGCUGCAGAGCUGGGCUGGAUGUCACAAGUGAUGGCAGAACUCAACAGUGUGGGGGCAAACCUGCUGUGACCCUCGACAGCCUUUCCCCAAGCAGUGCUCUUUUUGGGGCAGCAAAAACACAGCACCCUGUGCUAGGGAGGAGAAAUCCAGAGGGCUGGGGAUUGCCCGCCUGGAAGCUGGACUGAUUUAGGAUUUCACAGAACACCCUGGCCUUGGGGAUAAGGGUGCCUGGAGGAGCAAGUCCCCUGUGCUGGCAUCCUGCUGGCUUGUGCCUGAGCUGCAGGCUCACUGCCAUAUUGCUGAUGGAUGGAUGGAUAUCAGGGCAUCCUCUGCUUGCUUCACAGGAUACAUCCUGUUCCACAGUAGCUUAAGAUUUGGUCCCAACCUCGCACGGAAUAAAAUGAUUAUUCCAAGCAUCUCUAAAGCUGCAGCUCCCGAGUGCCCGUGCUUUUGCAUGCAGUUUUCCACCUGUCGAGGAAGGUGACAUCCAUUGUCCCGGAGAGCUGCCUCCUCAUCCUGCUGGGGCUGGUCCUGGGGGGCAUCGUGUUGGCCGUGGCCAAGAAAGCCGAGUACCAGCUGGAGCCCAACAUGUUCUUCCUCUUCCUUCUGCCCCCCAUCGUCCUAGACUCGGGCUACUUCAUGCCCAGCCGGCUGUUCUUCGACAACAUCGGUGCCAUCCUCACCUACGCGGUGGUGGGCACGCUCUGGAACUCCUUUGCCACCGGCACAGCGCUCUGGGGGCUGCACCGGGCCGGGCUCAUGGAUCCGGGUGUCGAAGCUGGGCUGAUGGAUUUCCUGCUCUUCGGCAGCCUCAUCUCAGCUGUGGACCCUGUGGCAGUGCUGGCUGUCUUUGAAGAGGUCCAUGUGAAUGAGACCCUCUUCAUCAUCGUGUUUGGCGAGUCUCUCCUGAAUGAUGCUGUCACCGUGGUGCUGUACAAGGUCUUCAACUCUUUUGUGGAGCUGGGCCCAGCGCACAUCCACGCCACAGACUACGUGAAGGGGGUAGCCUCCUUUUUCCUGGUGAGCCUGGGGGGCACGGCCGUGGGGCUGCUCUUCGCCUUCCUCCUGGCCCUGAUCACGCGGUUCACCAAGCGCGUGCGCAUCAUCGAGCCGCUCUUCGUCUUCCUCCUGGCCUACGUCGCGUACCUCGCCGCCGAGAUGGUCUCGCUCUCCUCCAUCCUGGCAGUCACCUUCUGUGGGAUCUGCUGCAAGAAGUACGUGGAAGCCAAUAUCUCCCAGAAAUCCCGCACCACGGUCAAAUACACUAUGAAGACACUGGCCAGCAGUUCAGAGACCAUCAUCUUCAUGUUUCUGGGCAUCUCAGCUGUGGACACCUCCAAGUGGGCAUGGGACACAGCACUGGUGCUGGGCACCCUGUUCUUUAUCCUGCUCUUCAGAGCCGUGGGUGUUGUCCUCCAGACCCACGUGCUCAACCGCUUCCGCCUCAUCCCCCUGGACAGGAUCGACCAGGUGGUCAUGUCCUAUGGUGGCCUUCGUGGGGCUGUGGCCUUCGCCCUGGUCAUCCUGCUGGACAGGGAGAAGGUGAAAGCCAAGGACUACUUUGUGGCAACAACCAUCGUGGUGGUGUUCUUCACUGUCAUUGUGCAGGGCCUCACCAUCAAGCCCCUGGUGACGUGGCUGAAGGUGAAGCGCAGUGACCACCACAAGCCCACGCUGAAUGAGGAGCUGCACGAGCACGCCUUUGACCACAUCCUGGCAGCAGUGGAGGACAUCGUGGGGCACCACGGCUACCACUACUGGCGGGACAAGUGGGAACAGUUCGACAAGAAGUACCUGAGCCAGCUCCUGAUGCGGAAAUCUGCCUACAGGCUGCGGGACGAGAUCUGGGAUGUUUACUACAAGCUGAACAUCCGUGAUGCCAUCAGCUUUGCUGAUCAGGGUGGCCACGUGCUCUCGGCUGCCAAGCUGGCGCUGCCCUCCAUGCCCAGCCGCACGUCCAUGUCGGAGUCGUCGGUCACAAACCUCCUGAGGGAGAGCGGGAGCGGCGCGUGCCUGGACCUGCAGGUGAUCGACACGGUGCGGAGCCGCCGGGACAAGGAGGACGCUGCCAUGCACCACGUGCUGCGAGGGAGCCUCUACAAGCCCCGCCGGCGGUACAAGGCCAGCUACAGCCGUCACUUCAUCUCUCCAGAUAAACAAGAGCGCCAAGAUAAAGAAAUCUUCCGGCAGAACAUGAAGAGGCGUCUGGAGACCUUCAAGUCCACAAAGCACAAUGUCUGCUCCUCCAAGAGCAAGGCCAGGCUGAAGGAAAAGGGCAGGAAAAAGAAGAACAUCUCUCUGACCAAAGAGACGCCCAAUGGGAAGACACAGAGAAACAUCCCCUGGCAGGAGGCAGCUCCUGUCCUGGUGAUGGUCAGCUCAGAGGAGGAGGAGAGCGAUAGCUCGGAGACGGAGAGAGAGGAUGAUGAAGGGAUCGUGUUUAUCGCUCGAGCCACCGACGAGGUCUUGCAGGGAAAGACAACUCCUGGCAGCCUGGAUGUCUGCCCCAGCCCCUGCAUCAUCCCACCAUCGCCCACCUUGGCAGAGAAGGAGCUGCCAUGGAAAGGAGACCAGGCUGAUCUGGCUGUUUACGUCUCCUCGGAGACCACCAAAAUCGUGCCAGUGGAUAUGCAGAAGGCUUGGAACCAAAGCAUCUCCUCCCUGGAGAGCAUCGCUUCCCCGCCAGGCACUGAGAGCGGACCUCAGCACAGGAGAUUCGUCUGCCCUGUGCUGGAGGAGGGCAGACCCCAGUCUGCAAGCCACGUGACACCAGAGCAGAGCUCCUGCUUCCAGUUCCCCAGCCACAUCUCCAGGAGUGGCCGGUCGCAGAGUGACAGCAGCCCAGACGGCCCUGAGCAGCAGGAGCUGCAGCCUUUGAUGGCCACAGAGGAGCAGGGCAGGAUGCCACCCACCGUGGAGCCCAGGCGGCUGAUGUUCCACAGAGCGAGCCACCUCUGAGGCACCCUGUGGAUGGGGAAGGGGCUGGGGGCUGCAGACAGGCUGUGACCUGCUGACUGCUCCGCUGUCUUGCGUUGUAAAGCUUGUGUGUGUCUCCAUAAACUCCAGGAGUGGCAGGAGAAGCCAGUACUCCUGGAGCUGCACUCCAGGGCAGGUUUUGCUCAUGCACCUGCUGAUGCAAACCUGGUCGAUAACUUGGCUUUGUGCUGCGACAGCAGGUACCAGCCCUGUCCGCUCAGGGAGGCACAGACCCCAAACCUUAUUCUUCCUCUCUGGUCCCUACACAUCUCAGCAGCCAGGAGGAUAGAGAUGUUCCUCCCAGGGCUGGGAUCCCAACCAGGCUCGAUCCUGUCGUGGCUGUGCUGGCCUGAGGUGUGGAGGUGCUGGCUAAUGGGCUGUGGCUGCUCACAGGUGUAGGAGUAUGAGCUGAUCUUCAGCCUGGCUGUGAGUAGGACACCUCUGGGGACAGGACUGGGAGUGGUGGCCGGUGCAUGAGAGCCCAUCCACACCCAGUGACUGAGCCUUUGACUUCGAGGUGGCCACAGUGCUGGUUCCCCACAGCGUGCGUGGAGCUCAGCCAGGCACCCAGAGGUGGGCUCCUUGCCACGGCAACUCUGUGUUCCUCCAGUUGUGGAGGCACCACAGAGGCAAGGCCACGACCUUCUCAGGACUGGGAGCAGCGCUCCUGGGGUUUGGCUCCACCAGGAGCUGGACUAGUGAACCUGUACGCACAGGGACUCCUCUGGCAGCCAACCUGCUGUGCCAGCCUCACGCCUGUUGUCUGGAUGUGUUCCCAACACCUGUGGUGUUCAGCUUUCUGGCUUUGAUAGGAGGCAGCUGCCCUGCACAGCAUCCUUGGCAUUCAUCCUGCCCACGUCCCAGUCCCUCCAGUUGCCUGGGGCCCAUCAUCUGGGAGGGCUGGCCAUGGUGCAAGGAGUGGAGGCAGCAGCAGGUAUGAAUGUAUAUAAGGAACAGGGGUGAUGGGUGUGAACUGAGUGCACCUUCAAAAGUCUGUCCCCACCACCUGCCUCCCAGCCACCCCUGCUCCCUCCUGAGAGGGUGGUGGGACCUGGUGGCAAUGGUCCACGCAGUGCAUUAUUCCUGGUGUGACCCCAAGGAUCAAGAACUGCUCCCCAAGAACUGCUCAGCACACAAAAGAGCACAAUGGCUGGGCACUGGCAGUGCAGGAGGGUUGGGGAUGCUCCUCUUAGGGAAAAGUGGAGACUUGGACUAUUAAUGCCCCAAAGUGGGUAAAAGCUGCCUGUUCCAGCUCUGUGGUGUGCUGAGAGAGCAGGUACCAAGGGGACACUCGGAUGCAUUGGGUGGGUGAGCCCAAUGUGGGGCAAGUGAGCUGGUGGGACCCCUGCCACUGCUGACAGGGCUCGGCAGAAACCCUUUGGCAGUCCCACCAGAUGAGCAUAAGGUUUUUAAAAGGUUUUUAUAUAGUUUUGCAUUUCAGGUAUGACUUAUUCUGGUUUUGAUUUCUGAUAUUGGGCCAUACUAAAUCUCUAGCUGGGUCAGUGUUUUCUGUAGCCACGGGCACCACAAAUGACUCAAGACUUAAUAUCUUAUUUGCAAGAAUAUUGUUAUAAUGUGAAAAUAUAUGCAGAGUAUUUUGUAAUGUUCAAUAAACGAGUUGGAGCAGACA